UUAGUAAAAUUUACGAGCCAGAAAAUUGCACUUGACGAUGACAUAAAUAUUUUUAAAAAUCAAUAAAAAUAGAAAAUAAGAAAAUAAAAACUGCGGCUACUGCUGACGGAAGCUGUUGGAGCAUCCAGAUCUUACAGCCGAAAGAAGUUUCCUUUCUCUCUCUCUCUCUCUCCUCUGUCUUUCUCUCUCUUAUUUCGAGCAGAGGAAUUUGCGGGAAAGACCGAAACCCAGAAAUGAAUUGGGUGAAACAAAAGGGAAUAAACCAAACCCACGAGAAUUCACGAUGAAAGCUCGUCACUUGAGCUUCAACAUCAUCGUUAUCACACUGUCCCUUUCCAUCGUAGUCAACACAGCAGUCAACACCAAUCAAUUCCGCACCACAAAUGAAUCCAACACCAGAAGAAUCCUGCACCAGCCAUUGUUCCCGGCGACUUCAGCUCCACCUCCACAGCCGCCGCAAACUCCUCCAUCUCCCGACGGCGGCACCAUUCCCUUCUUCCAUGAGUACCCGCCGGGACCACCCCCAGAUCAGAGCCAGACAGCACCCUCAUCAUCGAACAGCAGUAUCGCGAACCCAACGGCGACACAACCAGCAAAGGGAACAAAGAAGGUUGCAAUCGCGAUCUCCGUUGGGAUUGUAACGCUCGGAAUGUUCUCAGCACUCGCUUUCUUCUUAUGCAAACACAGAGCAAAACACGCCGUAGAGACUCAGAAACUCGUCGCUGGAAACAAUACCCAGAGAAACCCCGAGGAUUCAACGGCGCCACAAUCGAGCUUCCUCUACAUUGGCACUGUGGAACCAACCCGAACAUCAACAACAUUGAGCGAAGCAAGAGACAGAGAAACCAAUAAAGCCAGUAGGUCACCUUAUCACAAACUCAAUCCCGUUAAGCGAUCCGAUCGUUACCGUCCAAGUCCCGAGUUGCAGCCAAUGCCGCCGCUCAGUAAGCCUCCCGACGGCGCCUACCCGCCGACGGUGUCAUCUUCUUCCGACGAGGAAAGCCACGAGACGGCGUUUCACUCGCCGCAGAACUCGUCGCUGGAUGGUUAUUACACGCCGGCUUCGCGCCACAGCUCGCUCGUUAACGGUAGCCCCGCCGCUCCCCCUCCUAAGAAAGACACAAAUUCCACACACCCUCUUCCAUUCUCCAAGAGAACUUCACCAAAGUCACUAAUUUCUGCUUCAUCGCCGGAUAUAAGACACGUCAUCAUACCAUCCAUAAAACAGGCUCCGCCGCCGCCGCCGCCGCCGCCGGAGAAUCUGGAUAAACUAGUCUCCUCUGGAGCUUCAAGAAAGCCAAAGUUCUCAGCGCCGCCCCCAGCUCCGAAUUUGAAACGUCUCCGGUCAACAACCGACACAGUUUCAGUUAAUCCUCCUCCCCCACCGCCGCCACCCCCACCUCCUCCGCCGCCGCGAAAAUCUGGGUCACCGGUGGUUAAUGUUUCUUCUAGUUGUGCGUUUAUAAAGGAGGAGUCUUGUGGGAGUGAAGGGGGUGGGAGUGAAGGGAAAGGUUCAGAGGAAGUUGAGAAUAGUGUGAGGUGUUGGGAGAAGGUGGAAGGCAAUGAGAUGGAAGGAGGCAAACCAAAAUUAAAGGCUCUGCAUUGGGAUAAAGUCCGUGCUACUUCAGACCGUGCUACAGUGUGGGACCAGAUAAAAUCAAGCUCCUUUCAGUUAAAUGAGGACAUGAUGGAGUCUCUGUUUGGCUGCAAAGCCACAAAUUCUGCCCCAAAAGAAGCUCCUAGAAAAUCAGUUCUCCCCUCCGUGGAUCAGGAGAAUAGGGUGCUAGACCCGAAGAAGUCACAGAACAUAGCUAUAUUGCUGAGGGCAUUGAAUGUGACUAGAGAUGAGGUGUCUGACGCUCUUUUAGAUGGGAAUCCUGAAGGUUUGGGUGCCGAGCUAUUGGAAACCCUAGUAAAGAUGGCUCCUACUAAAGAGGAAGAGAUAAAGCUUAAAAACUACGAUGGUGAUCUCUCAAAACUCGGUUCUGCAGAAAGAUUUCUUAAAGCAUUGCUUGAUAUCCCUUUCGCCUUUAAAAGAGUUGAAGCUAUGCUAUACAGAGCCAACUUUGAUUCAGAAGUUAACUACCUUGGAAAGUCUUUUCAAACCAUGGAGGCUGCAAGUGAGGAGUUGAGGAACAGCCGGUUAUUCCUCAAACUCCUUGAAGCUGUCCUAAGGACAGGAAACAGAAUGAAUGUUGGCACUAAUAGAGGUGAUGCUAGAGCUUUCAAAUUGGACACACUCUUAAAACUUGUAGAUAUAAAGGGAACAGAUGGAAAGACCACAUUGCUCCACUUUGUGGUCCAAGAGAUCAUUAGAUCUGAAGGUGCAGGAGCUGAAUCUACAAAUGAGAAUGCGAAAAUGGAUUCCAAAUUCAAUGAGGAUGAGUUUAAGAAGCAAGGAUUGCAGGUUGUGGCUGGGCUCAGUAGAGAUCUUAGUAAUGUUAAAAAAGCAGCAGGAAUGGACUCAGAUGUCUUAAGCAGCUACGUUUCAAAGCUUGAAACAGGGCUUGAUAAAGUGAGAUUGGUUUUACAGUAUGAGAAACCAGACAUGCAAGGAAAUUUCUUUAACUCCGCAAAGCUAUUUCUGAAAUAUGCUGAAGAUGAAAUUGUAAGAAUUAAAGCUGAUGAGAGAAAAGCCUUGUUCCUUGUGAAAGAAGUUACUGAAUACUUUCAUGGGAAUGCGGCAAAAGAAGAAGCUCACCCUCUCAGGAUUUUCAUGAUUGUAAGAGACUUUCUAAAUAUCUUGGAUCUAGUGUGCAAAGAAGUGGAAAGAAUGCAUGAUAGAAUUGUUGGUGGUUCUGGCAGAUCCUUCAGAAUACCUACCAAUGCAUCAUUACCUGUUCUCAACAGGUACAAUCCAAAGCAAGAUAGCAGCUCAGAUGAGGAGAGCUCAUCCCCCUAAUAUUGUGAAUACAAAAGAAAUUAUAGUGAAAGUGAAUGAAUGUUGUUGCAAAUUUAAGUUGAUAGCCCGUAUUCCAGGAUUGGAUUCAUUGGGUGUAAAGCCAUUUCACUAGUAAUGGUGAAAAACAACCUGCCACGAGAUUAAACAUCAAAUACUUCAAAUUCAUGGUGGGGGAAAGAAAGCUGUUAAAUGGUUUUCCUGAUUCACUGAAAUGGGCUCCAAAGGUUCAUAGUCAUUACCAUCCUCAUCCUACUUCUUCGUAUGAAGAAUAAAUAAGUUCUAAAUGGGGGGUUGCAGUGGAUGCAUCAUUUUGUUUCUUCAACUUCGAUACAUAUUCUACAGUCAAAAUAGGCUUUAUUAGUUCAGAGUUCCAUACAUUUUCAUAUUGUAGAACGUUUUAUUUCACUUAUGAGGCUCUUAUAUAUGUAUUUUUUUAAUCAAUCAUCAAUAAUUAAUUGCAAUUUUGCAGCUAUUCCUUUAUCUGUGAACACUAGAUUGCAUAAUUAAUCUUCAAGUUAUCUAAUGUUUG